CGCCGCGUGGUCGACGGUGACGCAGUCGGGGCUGGGAAGUCACGUGACCCUCGGUGCCGUUUUCCGGGAUUCGUGCAUGGCCCCGCCCACUCCCUCCUUGAAAAGUCGUCAGAAGUCGGAAGAGAAAUCUCAGUCCAGCUGACAGGACGAGCAGCAUCGCCAUGGCGUCCAAGAAGACAGGAAGUCGUGUGGCCGAGGCCGAGGCGGCAGGGGAAGUGUCCAUCAUCCGCAUCCCGCCCCAUCACUACAUCCACGUGCUGGACCAGAACACCAACAUCGCCCGUGUGGAGAUCGGACCGCUCACCUUCAUCCGCCAGGACAAUGAAAGGGUCCUCUUCCUGCCGGUGCGGAUGAUCAUGGUGCCGCCGCGCCACUACUGCGUGGUGGCCAACCCGGUGGCGUGCGACGACAACGGCCGCGUCCUCUUCGACGAGGCGGGCCAGGCCAAGCUGCGGCAUGCCGACCUGGAGAUCCGCCUGUCCCGAGAUCCUUUCCCUCUCCAUCCCGGAGAAGAGAUCCAGCAGGACGUGACGCCGCUGCAGGUCGUCUUUCCCGACACGGCGCUGCGUCUGCAGGCACUGCUGGACUUCCAAGAGGAGGGCGGAGACGACCGCGUCGCCGGAGACGAGUGGCUCUUUGAGGGACCCGGGACGUACAUCCCCAGGAAGGAAGUGGUGGUCCUGGAGACCAUCAAGGCCACGGUGAUCCGGGAGAACCAGGCCAUCAGGCUGCGAGCUCGCAAGGAGGGCGUCGACCGCGGCGGCGUGCGCCGUGUAACAGGGGAGGAGUGGCUGGUCAGUAAGGUGGGGGCGUACCUGCCAGGCGCACACGAGGAAGUCAUCGACAUCGUCAACGCCUUCAUCCUGACGGACAAGAAAGCGCUGCACGUGCGCGCUCUGCGGCCCUUCAGGGAUGUGUGGGGGCACCAGCGGCGUACGGGGGACGAGUGGUUGGUGACCAACGGCGACCACGAGGCGCACAUCCCCUCGGUGGCUGAGGAGGUGGUGGGUGUGGUGGACGUGACCACGCUCAGCAGCCGCCAUUACUGCGUCAUCUUGGACCCGGUCGGACCCGACGGCAAACCUCAGCUGGGCCAGAAGAGGGUGGUGAAGGGGGAGCGCUCCUUCUUCCUGCAGCCCGGCGAGCGUCUGGAGCGCGGCAUCCAGGACGUCUACGUGCUGUCCGAGCAGGAAGGGCUGCUUCUGCGAGCCGUGGAGGCGUUCACCGACACCCAGGAGGACGCCAUCUUGGUUGCCUUACCUCAAAAACGAAAACGUGCUGAUCAGCGCGAGGAGGAAGACGAGGACGAGGAGCGGAGCAAGCGUCCGCAUCGCAGCGCCGUUGUCCGCCGCCCCGGGGACCGCUGGAUGCUGCGAGGCCCCAUCGAGUAUGUCCCCCCCGCCACGGUGGAGGUGAUGCUGCGACGCCAGGCCAUCCCACUGGACGAGAACGAGGGCAUCUACGUGCGGGACAUGAAGACGGGCAAGGUGCGCGCGGUCAUCGGGCAGACAUACAUGCUGAAUCAGGACGAGGAUCUGUGGCAGAAGGAACUUCCUCCCAACGUGGAAGCUCUGCUGACGUCGACCCGUGACCCCCUGGCGGACCGCUCGGACCGUACCAGGACCAGCGAGGUCCAGGCGAGGAACAAGACCCUGGUGGUCUCCUACAGGGUCCCCCACAAUGCGGCGGUCCAGGUCUACGACUACCGGGAGAAGAAGGCCAGAGUGGUCUUUGGACCGGAGCGUGUGAUGCUGGGACCCGACGAGCAGUUCACGGUUCUGUCCCUGUCCGGGGACAGACCCAAACGGGGCAACGUCAUCAAGGCCGUGUGCCUCCUGCUCGGCCCCGACUUCUUCACCGACAUCAUCACCAUCGAGACCGCCGACCACGCCCGCCUGCAGCUGCAGCUUUCCUACAACUGGCACUUUGACAUCAAGCCGCCGGCCGACGACACCGAUGCCGCCGCCCUCUUCUCGGUGCCCGACUUUGUGGGCGACGCCUGCAAAGCCAUCGCAUCACGGGUCCGAGGCGCCGUGGCCUCUGUGCAAUUUGACGACUUCCACAAGAACUCCAACCGCAUCAUCUGCUCGGCCGUGUUCGGCUUCGAUGAGAAGCUGGCGGUGCGCCCCAGUCUCCGCUUCCAUCAGAACCGACUCGUCAUCAGCAGCGUGGACAUCCAGUCCGUGGAGCCCGUGGACCAGAGGACGCGCGACGCCCUGCAGAAGAGCGUCCAGCUGGCCAUCGAGAUCACCACCAACUCCCAGGAGGCGGCGGCACGUCACGAGGCCGAGCGCCUGGAGCAGGAAGCUCGAGGGAAGCUGGAGAGGCAGAAGAUCACGGACCAGGCGGAAGCUGAGCGAGCCAGGAAGGAACUUUUGGAGCUGGAGGCCCUCAGCGCCGCUGUGGAGAGCACCGGUGCUGCCAAGGCUGAAGCGCAGUCCCGGGCCGAGGCGGCUCGUAUACGCGGCGAGGCGGCGGUCCACGAGGCCAAACUGAAGGUGGAGGCUCAGCGCAUUGAGGCGGAGGCGGAGCUGCAGCGUCUGGCGAAGGCUCGCGAGCAGGAGCUGAGCUACAGGAAGGAGAUGGACCAUCUGGACCUGGAGAAGAAGGAGCGUCUCACCAACAUGGAGAGUCAGCACUUCAGUCAGGUGGUGGCCAGCCUGGGCAGCGACACGCUGCAAGAGAUGGCGAGAGCCGGACCUGAGCUGCAGGUGAAGAUGCUGCAGGCUCUUGGCCUGAAGUCCACCCUCAUCACGGACGGUGCGUCGCCCAUCAACCUGUUCACCACCGCCAACGGCCUGCUGGGGAUGCUGCCGGGACCGGUUCAGUGACGCCACAGGAAGUAGUAUCCAUUCACACGCGUAGAUUCCGAUAUAUAGAUCAUAUCGAUAGUAUGUAUACGUGCACGUCUGUCUGCUUGAAGGAAUAAAACAACUAAGCUCUGA